UUCCCUGCACUCAAUACUUUAAACAGAAAAUAAAAUCUUCUUUUAUUUUUGAUAUAAAUUUUGUUCUCAGGAGAUGCUGAAGCUCAUUACUACACUUUCGGAGAAAAUUACAGUUCCUGACUUGAUCGAAACAGCUUCAACGAAAUCAUCACUUGCCAUAUUUGCGUUGUAUUCAUAUUUUGCUAUUUUUUAUCUGAUACUCAUAAUUUGUUUCUCCAUAUAUCGAAUCAAUAUAUUCAUGUAAAAAACAAAAUAAUAAUGUGUGGAAAGGUCGUGAAAAAACUAAUAUUAGGAACUGAUGCAAAAGUUGAUGAAAAAAUAUUACAACACUUGACCCCAUCACAAAUUGACGGAGUGAGAUUUCUGUAUUGGAACUAUGAAAAUCACAAAGGAUCGAUAAUUGCGGGACCAAAUUGUCGUUUUUAUAAUGAAUGGAUAAUAAUAUCGUUAAUUUAUGCAAUAGUUUCCAAUAAGAAUAGACAAUGUCGAAAGCCGAUAAUAAUUAUUACAAAAAGCGAGGGGAAAAAACUUACUUGGGUAAAUUUCUUUCAAAACCUCUUGCCAGAUGUAUGUACAGGGAUGAAAGAAGAAGAAACUAAAAAAGAAGACGGUAAAUUCUUUUUAAUCUGUGUCACGUUUCAAGAACUCUUGGAGAUAAACUCAGAGCUUUGUUCUUCAUGUUUGAUAGUAUUAGACGAAGUAAAUUAUCUCGAUAAGGAGCUGGACUCAAAAAUCAUCAGAAACUGCUUCACAAAGGUGCCUUGUGUAUUCGCUUCUAAUUCGGAAACUUCUUUGCUUAAUGAUUUAUAUAUAUUUCAUAAAAUUGUCAAAUACUGUAGACAAGAAGUGAGUUUUUCAGAUCCUCAUGAAUUCAUCAAUACAUUUUGUAGCAAAGAAAAACGUAAGAAACUAAGAGCUUUCAUAAAACCAUUUUAUCUGGAGAUAUUUUGGAAAGAAGUAAAAUAUGAAAAUCUGUCAGAUCAAACAAAAGAGUUAAAUUCAUUAAUAUUGAAUGCUAACAACUCUGAUACAACUCUAUCUGAUAAUUUUGAUACUGCAAUCUCCAUUCCAAAAAUCUCUCCUGUAGAAGCAGAAACUUGCAAUAUGUCGCCUCUGCAAUUCGAAAACAAGUCUGAUGAUAUUUACAACGCUGAUACACAGCCAUAUAUUUCAUGUAAAGUUACAACACAAAGUGUUUAUGGGCAAGAAUCAAGCACAUGGAGCUCUACAUCGAAAAUUUCCGAAGAAUUACAAAAGAAUCUAAGUUCGAAUACCAGUAUUGAUCUUUUUAAAGAUUCUAUAGAAUUAGAAGAAAUUGCAUCAUCGAAAGAAGUAAUAGUUAUUUCCAGCGGAAGUACAAUUGCUCGAAAGUCGCCAAAAGCUUCAAUUAUUAUCAAUCGCUGUACAUCUUCCGAGGACUUAUUUAGUGAUGUUGAUAACGAGGAUGACAGUGUCUUAUUAACACAGAAUAAACAAACAUUUCAACAGCAAUCAUCUGAACUCGAUUCUCCAAUUCCAUUAUCUCUACCUUCCAUAAAAGCUCUUGAAUGUUGCAACACAAAAAUCAGCACCCCAAUUGCUCAACUUGUGAACAACAAAGCAUUUCAAGAUUCUGAGUCUCCAAUCGGGUUUUUAUCUCCUAACUUUUGGAACGAAUCGAAAAAGAAAAAUUCAAACGAAAGUGUCUUUGAAAUUACUAAAAACGAUGUUUUUAGUAAUGUUUUGCGAGUCAAUGAGUAUAAUGAAAUAUCUCCUGUGACAGAAAGGCAAAAACCGUUUCCCAAAUUUGAUUGGAGUGCUUUUACUAAUUCAGAGUCUCCCCUUAAAGAAAUUCCUAAAAAAGAACCUGAAACUUCACCGAUACACAAAUUAAAUGAUUCUUCAUUGACACAUACUCCAACAUCCAAGAGAACAACAACUCCAAGUGACAAUGCGUCAUCUAGCAAAAAAGUUUUCAAAUCUGAAGAUGGUUGGCUAAACAAGUACAGUCCAAAAGUUGUUCCUAUUACACCGAAGAAUAGACGAAAAAGACUUGAAACAUUGUUUAAUGAAAUUUCAACGCCGAUAACAAAUAAUUUGGGUCAAGAUAUACUAAUGUCUCCAACAGAUCUUUUUGAAUAAGUUUGAUGAAUACUGCAAUUCAUAGCGAAGAAUUUAUUUAAGUACAAAAAGACAAUUGUACUUAUAUUUUAGCCUUAUUUUUUUUUUUUUUUUUUUUUUUUUGUUAAAAAUUUACAAUAAACAUAAUUAUAUAAAUAAAACUUUAAA